AUUUCAAUUGAUAUUUUAUCCUUAAUAAUCUGAUAUUUUAAUCAUGAUAGUUUUCUUGAAUUUAUAUAUCGUUAUGAAAUUUGUUCAAAUCGACAAAAAUGUUGACGUAAUCAUUGAUUCUCCCACAUCCAAUCUUUUAUUCCUAUUAGCAUAUGAAAUAUAUUAAAAGGAUUUUUUCACGAGAGUUGAAGCGCGCUCGAAUAAACGUAGAAUCCCAUAGGCUUCUCUCGAAUGUCCAAGCUCCUCCUCGCGACACCUCCUCGUAAGUCCGACUACUCUCGUAUCCGCUCGGAAUAGACCGAGGCUACUCUCGCUGGUAGACGUAGUUCAGUCGUGUUCACAGACACUCGAUCAACGUUAAGCUCGUCAAACGUUUUAUUCAAGAAGACAAAUUCGGGAAAAUCUUUUGGAACGAGCAGUGAUUUACUGUUUCUUUUCAUAAAUUAAUUAUAAAGAUAUGAGGAAAAACAUGAUCUAUUGUUUGUAAAACAGUGAUAACAAAGAAUUAAGAAAAAAAAAAAAAAAAACAAGAAACAAAAAAGAAAAAAAAACAAAAAAGAAGAAGAAUAGGAAGUGAAGGAAAAUGAUAAAGCGAUCGUGAAAGUGUCACGUGCUUUCGAACGAUUCGCGUGUACGAAAUCUUAAUUAGUGUGGGUGAUAACGAAUGUGUUUUAUCUUUUCGCGUUCAUCCCUAAUCGCUGUUAUUUAGGUGCAACGAAGUUUGUAUGUAAUCAAAAGCAAAGAAUCCUUUCGAAGAAUACCUGAAAAAAAAAAACGAAUCCAUGAGUUUGUGAAAGGAUAACGUCGCUCGAUCUACGAGAAUGACCGGCUCCCGAAGCUUUCUCGAACUGCUGCCACCUUUGCUCGUAUUUUGCCAAGUAUUUAACUACGGCUUGAUAUUGGAGGAGGAAACAGAACCGAAUUAUUUGACGGCGGGUGUUGGAGAAUACGUGGUAUUUAAUUGUGAUCUUGACUUUCCGCACGAGACACCGAUCCCGUAUAUUCUUCAGUGGAAUCGUGAUGGUCACGGUGUCUUCUCGUGGUACGAUGAAGAGAUGACGUUGGAUCCUCGUUAUCGAGGACGCAUACACUUGCUGGAGGACUCGUUAUCUCGCGGAUAUGGUCAGGGCAGCAUCAAUCUCACCAACAUCAGAGAGAGCGAUCAGGGCUGGUACGAAUGUCGCGUUAUCUUUCCAAACAGAACACCUAAUUCAAGAAAAAAUGGCACCUGGUUUCAUCUGGCCAUCGAUGGUGUGUCGCCGCUUCCGACAAAUGUUCCAGGUGAGACCCUCUUCACGACGCCGCCCGUCAACAAAUCCGUUAUGGAGGGCGAGCCAGUUUCAUUCGAUUGCGUUGUCAAAGAUAAUUCUUCUACCGUAACCUGGUUUCACGAAAGUAUAGAGAUCUCGCAAGUAAAGGAUCUCGAGAGAAGAGCUUCCAUCAAAGAAAACGGAACGUUGGUAAUAAAGUCAACUUUAAUGAGUGACCUUGGAGAAUACACUUGUGGGGUGACCGGUUGGAAUGGGAAUCAACAGAAUGCCUCGGCCUUUCUCAACGUUCAAUAUAAGGCAAAGGUCAUUUACGCGCCUAGAGAAGUUUAUCUUCCCUAUGGAAAGCCGGCCCUUUUGGACUGUCAUUUUAGAGCUAAUCCACCGCUGACGAAUCUUCGUUGGGAAAAGGACGGAUUCCUCUUCGAUCCUUACAAUGUUCAAGGUGUUUUCUACAGAAGAAAUGGAUCUCUUUAUUUUAGCAAAGUAGACGAAACGCAUUCCGGAAGUUACAGUUGUACGCCUUAUAAUGAUCUGGGUACCGAAGGACCUAGUCCUGCAAUCAAUGUCGUUGUCCAAAGACCACCUGUUUUCACGGUCACGCCGCAACAUUUGUAUAUGAGAAAAUUAGGCGAGAGUUUAGAGAUUCCAUGUGAUGCCAGUGAUGGUGAUCAAAGUCAUCGACCUACAAUAGCAUGGUACAAAGAUGGCUCACCACUGCCACGUGAUAGGACAAUUAUAACAGGUGGCAACUUGACCAUCGAAAGAAUUCAAGAACAAGAUCGUGGAUUGUAUCAAUGUGCAGCUAGCAAUGAAGCAGCAACAGUAGUAGCUGAUACAGAAUUAAUGGUUUUGAAUAUUCCACCUAGAGCACCCUAUAAUCUCAGUGCCAAUAGUAGUAAAAAUGCGGUAACCUUGACGUGGGUACCUGGCUACGUUAGACCAAAGAUGGAAUAUUCCGUCUGGUAUAGACCUACCGAUAUGUCAGAAUGGCGUACCAUGAAGAUACUUUCGCGUAAGAUCACAGAAGCUACGGUGAAUAAUUUGCAUCCUGGUAGAGAAUACGAGUUCAUGGUUUUGAGUCAAGACAAACACGGCGAUGGAAUGUUUAGCAAGGCACUUCGGGUAUUUACAAAACCAACAGCCAUCGAUCAAAAUUCAGCAUCAGAAUUUCGUAGUCCAUUAGAGGAAGAAAAAAUGGGCCCACCUCGUAAUGUAAGAGUUCAAGCGACAGUAGAGGGUUAUCUUGUCACUUGGGAACCACCAUCCGAAGGUAGAGGUCAAGUUAGGCUCUAUGUCGUAAGAUGGUUUAGAGGCCCAGCACAACAUUUAUAUGGAAGAUCCGAAACAACGGACACUUAUUAUUUAGUGAAAACGUUAGAAGAAGAAAGUCAAUAUACUUUCGAGGUAGCAGCGAUGUCACUUUCAGACGAUGAAGCUAUUAGCGGGCGUAUCAGUUUAGAAGUACCAGCAUAUCGUAGAAAUAGAGCAAUUUCUAUGGGCAUCGUUGCUGGUAUUGGAUUUUUAGCGGCUACUUUGGCAGCAGUUUGGUGGGCCAGAAAGAGAUUUUGUCGAACAUCCACUAAUGAAAAGUGAAAACUUAUUAAUGAGACGACGUUAACCCAAAUAGAUUUUGAAGCUCAGUUCGCCAGUGUGAAUGCAUUAUUCGAAAGCAUCAAGCAUUUAUUAUCUCGUCUAAUCGUAUUUUUAUUAUCGCAGUUGUCUCAAGUAAAAUUUGGAAGGAGGAAAACAUCUAAAGGUUCCUUUAGUGACAAAUACAUUGGAUUAGAUGUAUUCUUUACCAGGAAAAUAUUUACCAGGAAAGAUUAGAUAAAUUAUUGUAAUAUAAUUAUCUGGAUUUUGAUAUAGAUAUCUAACUAACAAAAAAGAAUAAUAAAAGUAUAGAGAUAAAGCGAA